GUCACAUAGGGUGGCCACAAAGGGGGGUAAAAAAAAAAUACACCAAUUGGUUACAUUCAUUUAUGCAAGCUUCCUACACAAAUUGCGCAUCCGGGGGGAUUUAACACAAAGGAGAAGCUGUCACCUCCCAUAAAGGUGGUACCUAGGGAGGGGAUAACCAUGGGGGGGUGAUAAAAAAAGCGCGUCAAAUGGAAAAAUAGCCCCCCAAGAGAAUUUCCCCCCUUUUGCAGAAUAAGCACAAAAUGGCUAACUCCGGAAACACACGGAUAUACCACUUGAAGGCCUUCCGAGAACUACGAAUAGUGACCCUGGAAAAGUAUACGAAAUUUGAGGAGGAAGAGGAAGAAUGCGUUAAAGUGCGUUUACUACCCAGCGGAAGCGGUGUAGGACACAAAAGCGAGCACAGCAGCAGUGGCAGUGGCAACUUCCAAAACACGGCCGAAAUAUUUGGAAAAGAGUUAAUCAUUGAUAAGGAGUACAAAUUUGGAUGUAACCAAAAAUUUGCCAUCUACACAUUCACAGGAUGCACAAUUCAAAUAAAGGGUCGAACGUUGCAGGAGUAUGAAAGUGGGAACAACACAAUGAAGGAGUACUUAUCCCUAUCAUACACGUUGGAUGCCUACCGAAAAUUGGCAAAAAAAAAAAAAAAAAUCGGACCGAGAGUUCUUAUAACAGGAAAUAAUAACUCAGGAAAGAGUUCCGUUUCGUUGAUCCUUCUCAAUUACGCAUUGAAAUCUGGUUUCAAGCCGAUUUACAUCGAAGCAGAUACCAAGUGUACAUGUGACAAGGUCGAAUUGAACAGGGGGCCAGGCAUCCUCAGUUCCUUUGUAUAUGACCCUAUGAAUAGGAUGAAGUGUGCACUUGAUUAUUAUUUUGGCUACCUAGACCUGAAUGAAGAUAUCAGUUUGUAUUACCACCUGAAUGAGUGCAUAAGUAGCUGCGUCCACCUAAUGCUGCUUAACAAUUUGAACUGCGUCUCGUCUAGCGGCAAAACGGAUGGAGAGCAGGAGGGCAUUUACGCCGCGGGCUUCAUUUUGAACGUGCCGUCCGAGGCUGACCACCACGUCAUUAACAACUUGAUUGAAAUAUACGGCAUCAACAUCGUCAUCGUGAUUGACAAUGCCUUUUUGCACUACUCGCUGAAGGACCAGUACGGGGACGAGGCGGGGCGGCGCGGCGGUGGUGGCGGCGGGGAAUACGGGGACUACGAUCGAGAGUGCGGCCGAGAGUACGGCCGAGAGUACGAUCGAGAGUACGAUCGAGAGUACGAUCGAGAGUACGAUAGAGACUAUCGCCGCGACUCCCGGCGCGACUCCCUGGCCGAGGCGCCCCGCAAGCCAACCGCUCUGCCCACCGCCGAUGACCCAGCCAGGCGAGUCGAAAUUGUGGGCAUGCCCAAGUACGAGGGAGUGAUCCCCUCGGAUAACAACCGAGUGAGGUACUGCAAAAACCUGUGGUACUACGAAUACUUUACGAAAGAUAUCAUCGUGACGAAGAACCUGCACAGGAAGAGCCACGUCAUUUCGUUCAAGUACAGCCUGACCACGUUCAUACGACUGGACACCAACUUGGCGGUGCCCCUGUCGGCACUCCCAGCGGAUGCCAGAGACAUUCAGAGGGAAAACGUAACCGUCAGUUUGUAUAAUGGGAAUGUUAGCAACCUGACCCACUGCAUUUUGGGAGUGUCCUACUCGAAGGACCUUCACUACGUGCACCUGAUGAACAUGGCUGCGUUCGUGCAUGUGCAGAGUGUGCGCCCGGUCGAAUCGGAGAUGGGCGGAGGUGAAGCACAAAGCAGUGCGGAUGCGCAGGGCGGUACAGACGCGCAGAGCGACUACGUGAUCGAAAUUCUGUGCCCCCUGUGCGUCACCACGAAGAACCUCCCGCCCUUCUUCGUCGUCCCGGGCAACGCCAAGCAGAUGAAGUUUUAG